GCAAGGCCUGCAGACUCACUUGCCAGAAACAGUAGAGAAGGAAGGAUGUUCUCUUGCUGUCUUCGGACUACUCGAGGCUCAGGCCUCAAGAAAGACAACAGGGAAGGCCAUGGUGGUGUCUGGAGGCACAGGGUUGGCUCUUGUCUUCAACGCCUGUGGCCAUUUUCCCGAAAGGGAAGAUCGUUGACCAGGAGCAGUCAAGGACAGGAGCACACAGACAAGGAUGAGAAUGAUUCUGCAGCACAGGACCUGAGGGAGUCCUAUAGAGACUCCAACUUUAGUACAGAGGCUGUGGUUAAGCUAAGGAACAACCUGGGGCCUUCUCUGCAGGAAGGGGACACCUUUUAUGUCCCUGCCUUUGUGAUCACAUACCAAAGAUUUGACACCCCCCUACUGGUACUGGACCAGCUGUUCCUGAGGUAUGCCAACUUCAGCCCUUAUUGUGAAGAGGAUGAACAAAUAAAUAACACCCUCUGUAGCUUCCUGGAAACAUGGAUGGACAAGAACACCUCGGAACUGUUCAUACUGAAAUAUAUAAAGGCCUACUUUGACGUGUGUAUGGCACACUUAGAUCUUAGUGUCCAUGUCAAUAGGUUCAUGACUCUCAUGCAGGACAAUCAAGCCAAGGAUUCCCAUCCAAGGAUGAGCAAGGCUCAGAUCUGGGGAGACACACAUCCUCAGAUCCACAGAUUGGAUGGGUGUAAAACAGCAGGAAAAGAGUCACUCUAGAGCCAGAACCAACUUGUGCAUCAGAGUUGGAGGGCACAAAAACCUCCAGAACUUUCUGUGAAGCAUGAGUAGCUGCAACCAGAUGUGGCAGCAGCAGCACAGACAGCACACAUGAUAGCAGCUGUUGAACUUGUGUCUCAGUUUGUCUGUAGAUACAAUGUAUCUUUCACUAACUUCCUACUUGCUACAGAGGGCCUACAUCUUCAGAGAAUGGCCCUGUCACACCUUGUGUGGGCCUGCCCUGUAUCUGUGCUACUGCUCCUGCCCCGGGUGCUCAGCCCCUCACUUCAAUCUAGCAGCAGUUCCAGGCCCACAGCCAGCCUUCUCCUUCCCCUGAGAUAUCACCUUUUUAUUCUUUCUGAUCUUUUCAAUUUUGUGUUUAAGUAUUGGUUUUAAUAACUUGUUGUUGUUUGUUUUCAAAAAAGAAAGAAAGAAAACUACUUUUCUAAUUCUUUUCUCAUAACCAACAUCAACAUACAUGAAGAAAAAACUCAAAGCAGUUCCACUAAAAUCAAGAACAAGAUGAGGUUGCCCACUCUCUCCAUAGCUAUUCAAUAUAGUACUUGAAAUCUUAGCUGGGGAAAUAAGACAACUGAAGGAGAUCAAGGGGAUACAAACUAGAAAGGAAGAAGUAAGGCUAUCUUUAUUUGCAGAAGAUAUGACAGUAUAUUUAAGUGACCCUAAAAAUUCUUCCAGAAAACUCUCAUGGCUGAUAAACACUUUCUGCAAAGAAGCAAUAAACAAAAUUAACUGACAAAAAUCAGUAGCCCUCCAAUAUACAAAUGACAAACAUACUGAGAAGGAAAUCAGUGAAACAACACCUUUCACAAUAACAAAAUAUUUGGGCGUUAUCUCUAACCAAGCAAGUGAAAGACUUGUAUGAUAAAAAAAAAAACUUUGAAGAAAGAAAGAAAUUGAAGACGACAUCAGCAGAUUGGAAAGAUCUCCCAUGCUCAUAGAUUUGUAGGAUUAGCACAGUAACUAUGAACAUCCUACCAAAAGCAAUCCCCAUUAAAAUUCCAACACAGUUCUUUAUAGAUCUUGAAAGGAUGAUUUUCAGCUCCAUAAGGACACACACACACACACACACACACACACACACACACACCACACACACACACAAAGGGCAUAUAAAACAAUCCUGAAUAAUAAAAGAACUGUAAGAGGUAUCACUAUUCCCAAUUUCAAGUUAUACUACAGAGCUAUACAAAUACCAACAGCAUGGUAUUGGCACAAAAAAAAACAUGUUAAUUAAUGGAAGUAAAUUGAACACCAGGCAUAAAUCCACACACCUAUGGAUACCUGAUCUUUUAUAAAGAAGCUAGAAAUACACCAUAGGAAAAAAAAAGACAGUGUCUUCAAUAAAUGGUGCUAGUCACACUUCAUGGGUGAAUGUGGAAGAAUCAAAAUAGAACCAUACUUACCAUCCUGCACAAAACUCCAAGUAGAGUGAUGAUCUCAACAUAAAAUGCAUACAUAUAACAGGUCAGAAGAGGAAAUGGGGAAUAGCUUUGAGCUCAUUGUCACAGGAAAAGACUUUCUGAACAGAACACAGUAAAGGUACUAAGAAGAACAAUUAAUAAAUGGAACCUCGGGGAAACUGAGAAGCUUCCACAUGGCAAAGCUCACCGUCAUUCAAACAAAGCAGAGUGGGAAAAGAUUUUUACCAAUUCCAUAUCCGAUAGAGGGAUAAUAUCAAAUAUACAGAAAGAACUUGAAAAAUAGAUCUCAAAAACUCAGGUGACAGCAGAUGCUGGCAAGGAUGUGGAGGAAGAGGAACACUCCUCCAUUGUUGGUGGGAUUGCAGACUGGUAAAACCAUUCUGGAAAUCAGUCUGGAGGUUCCUCAGAAAAUUGGACAUUGAACUGCCUGAGGAUCCAGCUAUACCUCUCUUGGGUAUAUACCCAAAAGAUGCCCCAACAUAUAAAAAAGACACGUGCUCCACUAUGUUCAUCGCAGCCUUAUUUAUAAUAGCCAGAAGCUGGAAAGAACCCAGAUGCCCUUCAACAGAGGAAUGGAUACAGAAAAUGUGGUACAUCUACACAAUGGAAUAUUACUCAGCUAUCAAAAACAAUGACUUUAUGAAAUUCGUAGGCAAACGGUUGGAACUGGAAAAUAUCAUCCUGAGUGAGCUAACCCAAUCACAGAAAAACACACAUGGUAUGCACUCAUUGAUAAGUGACUAUUAGCCCAAAUGCUUGAAUUACCCUAGAUGCCUAGAACAAAUGAAACUCAAGACGGAUGAUCAAAAUGUGAAUGCUUCACUCCUUCUUUAAAAGGGGAACAAGAAUACCCUUGGCAGGAAAUAGAGAGGCAAAGAUUAAAACAGACACAGAAGGAACACCCAUUCAAAGCCCGCCCCACAUGUGGCCCAUACAUAUACAGCCAUCCAAUUAGACAAGAUGGAUGAAGCAAAGAAGUGCAGACCGACAGGAGCCGGAUGUAGAUCGCUCCUGAGAGACACAGCCAGAAUACAGCAAAUACAGAGGCGAAUGCCAGCAGCAAACCACUGAACUGAGAACGGGACCCCCGAUGAAGGAAUCAGAGAAAGAACUGGAAGAGCUUGAAGGGGCUCGAGACCCCUUAUGAACAACAAUGCCAAGCAAGCAGAGCUUCCAGGGACUAAGCCACUACCUAAAUACUAUACAUGGACUGACCCUGGACUCUGACCCCAUAGGUAGCAAUGAAUAUCCUAGUAAGAGCACCAGUGGAAGGGGAAGCCCUGGGUCCUGCUAAGACUGAACCCCCAGUGAACUAGA